AUGUCUGAGCCGCGACGGUCCACGCGGGCACGCGCUCGCGAAGAAGCUGCUCCGCCCGCAAAGCCUUCGCCCUCGCUGAAGAAGCGCAAGAGGACGGCCGCCGCAGCCAGCGAGCAGCUGAGCCUGCCGCCGUCCGCAUCCACGCCAGGCCCGCCAGCAGCAGCAGCAGCAGCAUUGUCGACGCCGCCAGCCACCGAGCGAGCGCCUCUUCCCCCCAAGCAACCCGCCCUGCCGCUACGCAUCGUCGACGGCGCACCGCUCCCUACCCUGUCCGAACCCCAGCCGCUCGACUUGCCGUGCAGCGAAUGGCAGACGAUCCAGCAGAGCGGCGUGCUUGAAACGUCAUUUGAGCGCUCCAAGGCCGUGUGGCUCUCGGGCGCAAACUUUCGCACUUUCCACUCGCACUUCACCCAGCCCAAGAAGCUGGCCGACCGCACGGAUGAGGACCGCGCAAAGGCCCAGCGCCAGAAAGAGCUGCUCAAGAACUUCCCCCAGGUCGGCGCCGACCGCGUCGUCGUCAAGCUCGUCAUCGAGCCGCAUACGCUGCCCAUCAGGCUGUAUGGCCCGCGCGAGGUGGCCAAGCCAAUGCACAAGAAGACGCCUGCCCCCUCGCCCUAUGCCCCGUGGCCCGCUCAUCACCACCACCCGCACUCGCACGCCCAGCACCAAAAAUACCACCAUGUCCCGCCGCCCCUCCACCAGAAACCCCCGCCGCGACCGCCCCAGCCCCAGCCGCCCAAGCCCGUCCAGGUCGCGCCUCCACCCCCCGCGCCCCCCGCGCCCUCUCCCGCCCCUGAUCCCGUGAUCCAUAUGCUCGCCGCCAGAGCCGGCACCGACCCGGCGUUGAAGGCUGUCAUGAAGAUUGUGGCAGCGGGCGAGGCCAGCAAGGAGCAACUCGAGUUUUUCCAGACGCACAUCAACGAGCUGACGGCCAUCCUCGCCCGCCAAAAGGAGGAAAAAAUGUCCAAGCCUGCUCCCCCGCCGCCUGCUCCCAAACCUGCCCUGCCGCCUCCACCGCCUGCUCCGCCAAAGCAGACAGCCCCGCCUCCGCUCCCACGGCCUGUCCAGCCCAUGCCCCAGCCCAUCCAGCCCAACACGCCCAAGUCUUACACGCCGGGUCCUUCGCAAGUCCACAUGCAGCAGCAGCAACCUCCUCCUCCUCCACUCUACCAGCCCCAUCCGCCAUACCCCAACAACUACAGCAAACCACCUCAGUACCACCCACCCCCUCAAGUGCCCGUCUACAACCCUCCACCGAGAACGACAUAUCGUCCCUUGGUCUUUAGCUUUGUCCAUGGCAACGAGGAUAAGUUUUACUUUCCCUCGUACAGCUUUAUGGAAUGGCUGCCCAAUGGUACUGGCGCAAAGCUGUCGUUCCUCAUCACCAAGAUGAAGCCAAAGCCAAAGCCGGAACCCGUCGUUGAACCGCCUUCUACACCUGCUCCAAAGGCCACGCCAGCGCCGGCCCCCACGCCCACACCCGUACCAGCAUCCAGCGCUCCUGCACCUAGCGCCCAUACACCCGCGGCUCCUACACCUGGCCCAGCUCCCCCGAACGGCAUGGCACCAACACCAAACUCUUCGAACCCAACUUUUACAUCCAUACAGCCUGCCGCCUCGGCGCCUCCAACACCUGCAACGCCUGCAACGCCAUUCGUCCCGCCUAAACCACCCCAACGCAUUGAGGAAUUCGACGAGAUGAACGAAAUAGACAAUAUUGAGUUUUACCAGCCAGUCACUGUGCUUUUACUCAUCGAAAACGACGACGGUGAUGAAAUCGCCAGCGCCCUCCCCCGCUCAAUUCGACCACCGCACAUUGUUGAAAAAUACAUGAACGAGGUGUUUGAUCGCUGCAAGCGCGCCGAUGAGACGUACCUGGCUUUCAGGCUGCCGAGAAGCAGCGACGAAGUGCCAGAGAAGAGGUUGAGGAGCGGUGAUGUGACGCCUGCAAUUGCAACCCCGGUGCAGGAUGUUAAUAUGACAGGCACGGGCGCGGCUACAGCAAGCGCAGCCGAUAGAAAAAAGGCCGGACGACCUAGGAAGAGUCUGGUCUGA